GUAAAUACCUGAGCUGAGAGGCCCUCAAGAAAACCGUGUGACAGUUCAGUGCUAAUCAAGUUACAAAGUCGCUACCAAGCACUAAAGAUUAAACAACAAUGGCUCCCCAAAUUGUGCUCAUCUCUGGUUGUUCCAGCGGCAUUGGACUCGCCACCGCUGUGCUUCUCGCUAAAGAUGCCGAGAAACGCUUCAAGGUUUACGCCACUAUAAGAAAUCUGGCGAAGAAAGGACAACUGGAGGAAGAGGGACAGGAACAGCUUGGAGACACUUUGAUUGUCAAACAGAUGGACGUUUCCCGUGAUGAAUCAGUCAACCAAACCGUCAAAGAACUACUCGAUAUAGAAGGAAGAAUUGAUGUGUUGUGUAGGUGCAUUCUAAUAAUUUCAUAUCUGUGUUUGUUUUUAAUGCCCUUUGAGACGGACAUACUUUACAAGUUCAGUCUUAUUCUUCUUAAAUCUCUUCUCUCAACCUUUGGUGCGCCUUGUUACUAGUUGUGGAUUAUUUUGAAACAUUCUAUUCGACUGCGUUUGGUUUAGUUUUUUUCUUAACUCGCCGGGUAUAUUUUUGUAACCACGGUGGGUAAUUAAAUGCGGUUAAGUUUCAUCAUGUUUAUAUCAAGGUCAAGAGAAAAAAAAAUAAGAUAAAUGCUUACAGCAUACCGCUAGCGCUUUUCGGAGAUAGGCAAAGCAAACUCAAAUAUGGGCACAGCCGAAAAGAAAAAAAAAGAAAGAUAAACAAAAGAAUUGGCAGGUGGGAAUUUUUAAGGAAGAUAUUUCAUGAUCAAGGUUCAGUACGGAUCGACAAGUUACACACAUUGGUGUCCGUUGUGUCGGCUUUUGAUGUUUCAGUUUAAUCCAGUGUUGUAUGUCUUACACGUUUUCGAAACAAAAUUAGUUCACACUUUAGUGAUAAACAUCUUAAUUAGCCUAUUCACAGAUCCUCUAUCUUCUCUUUAAUUAGAGAUCGUCGUGCGUGCGUAUCACUAUGAAAAUAACUUGAAACUAUAGGGAAUUGUUGACCGCUUUUUCUUUCGCGUGCACCGCCCUCGUCCAAGCGCUCACUUGGCUCGCGUGCUCGUCGAUUUUCGAAAAGAAAAACAAAACAACGUCUGUGUACAGGACAGCUUGACUCCACGGGUGUGACCCCGGUACACAGUGGGGACACCAUGCGGGGGGGUGGGGGGUGGGGGCACGCCAACGAACCCUAAAAAUUAUUCAUUCACUGGCCUUAAAAUGUAUAUAAUGAGGAAAAUGUUAAAUAAAUGUAAAAAUUUAUGCCGUUCGAAUUUUUUUUGGUACCGGGGCCAUAAGCAGUAACGGCACACGUUGGACGCUGGAAAUGGGAAAGGACAGAAGUUGAGGAUAGUGUUCGAAACACAGGCUAUACAUACGCCAUCCAAGAACGCAAAUACACAGGAAAUGCAAUAAAUCAAGGCUUAAACUUCUUAAUGUUGACCUGUUUCCUGUAGUAAUAAACGCCUAUUUACAUUGUCCAAACAUGAUAAUGCAGGGUUGUCACUAAGAUUUCAAGUUGCCGGGUGAAUAAAACAUGUAGGCGGGGAAUCAAACAGCUAAGAAUUUCUUUUAGUUCUAUUUUUCUUUUAUUUUCCUUUGAAAGUGGCCGGGGAAAACGUUCAUAGUAGCAUGGGGAAAACUCCGGCUCCCGCCUCUUAAUGACUGAGCCCUGAUAAUGUCCCGUUUUUUCCACAGUCAACAAUGCUGGGUUUGGGUUGUGGUCCGUGGUAGAAUGCACGCCCAUUGAAAUGGCCAAGGAGAUGUUCGAUGUCAACUACUUUGGUACCCUACGACUUAUCCAAGCUGUGCUGCCAGGCAUGAAAGCAAGAAAGAGCGGUUGUAUUAUUAACAACAGCAGCAUCCUAGGAGUAGGGGCUGCUCCAUUCAACGCUAUUUACUGUUCAACAAAGUUCGCCAUUGAAGGCCUCACAGAAGCAAUAGCUCCAACUCUACGCCAUUUCAAUAUAAGGUAAGCCAGACGAAGAGUUUCAUUUUUGCAGUUGUGCAAUUGUGAUUUCCGGGGGAGGGGGGUACUCCCUAGUGGCCUAAACUGUGCCACUGAAAAGGGUAUAUGGUUUUCAGGGUACCUUGAGCAAAUUAAACCCAGCAGGCUGCUUAGUCCAAUUUGGGGGCAGAUUCUCAAUCGAACGCUAUAGCGUUGGCACCAGAGCUCCAGUUUCACUUAAAUAAGUGUGUGGGAGAUGGCCGAUUUUGGGAGAGCUAUGGCUCCUUUUCCUAGAGUAUGGGGUGAGAAUGAGAGCGUCGAUUUUAUCAUGCCAUCUUGCGCAAAGAUAAAUAAUUGUCACAUUUUGAUCGAUCUUUACCACGAGCUGGUAUUUUUUUUUUUUCAGGAAACAUGGUUUGUCUUUGAUUUUAUAUUUUACAUAAUUUUUCGUAAAUUGUCUGCGAGAAGCGUAACCCUUGUUUUCUAAUCUGUUGAUUGCCUCGAACGUAAACCAUUGUCAGUGUGUGCGCCAGUCUGCGCUUUCUUGCCAUCAGAUUCAGGAAGACCGGCCAUAUUUUCCUCUUGAUCUUGCCUUUUUUUUCAAAACUUCAUCCUCGAGGACAAACUUUAAAAUUAGCGAUGCUCUUUAUUUAAAGAAAUCGAAACUCGACUCAUUUUUUAAAGCUUUACUUUCCCAUUAUCAAACAGGUGCUCAAUAAUCGAACCAGGUCCGGUGGGGACCUCAGCACUCGAAAAUUCUAGAAACUGGGCAAGUAACUUCGAAAUGUCAGAACCCGACAAUGAGACCCAGGAACUGUUUGGCACGUUUGCACAGCGGAUGUCCCAUCACUUCAGAAGCACGAUGCAAACUUCAGACGAGAUUGCGGAAGUUGUGAAAAGCGUUAUACUCAAUGAAAAACCCAACCUACGAUAUCAAACAAAUUUGAAUGGCGUAUGGCGAGACGUCAAACAAAAACUUACCGAUCCAACUGGAAAUGAAUUGAUGGACAUGGUCAAGAAGGCAUUCCUUGACGCAGAAUAAUUCUUUGUUUUUAACUUCUAGCGUCCGUAGUCCUUUUCUUCCUAAACUAUAUAUGAAUAACAUUAUUGCGAGAUAAGUAAAAUAAGAUGUACUAAAGGCUGUAAUCAGCCGUUAAUGCCGGGAUAACACGAAGUUUUAGUCAUUUUUCUCAACUUUUUCCCUCUAUUAGUUCUCAUUAUAACUUUUUAAAAGGUCACCGAAAUCGUAGAAUGUUACCAAAUAGACCUUUUUACCCAUACG